AGGUUGAAGCUAAUUGUUGUUAAUAUGUGUAAUAGCAAGAUCUCCAAGUUAGAAGAAGAGCAACAGAAUAUGAAGCUCAAAAUGACUGAAAUGAUGAAUCUACUUAAAGAACACUUGGUGGUUGGUGGUAAAGCGAUACCAAGCGAAGGACAAUCUCGCAAUGUACCGCAGUCAAACAAUAUUCAUUCCCCUAAGAGUAUUGCACUAGAAAAAAGACAUAACUUUACAGAAGGGAAGAAUGCUUGCUACUUGCUUGACUGGGCAGAUGUAAUUGUUGAUGAAGGUCGUUGGGAUUCUAGUGAUCCAAAGUUAACUGUACAUGGAAAGCCUCUUGGACCAGACUUUAUGCGAGUAUGGGUUGAUGAGGUGGUAUCCCAGACUCUGGAUGUAGCUACAAUGAAUUGGGAAGAAUUCAGGGGUGUAUUUAAUGAGAAGUACUACAAUGAUGCAGUUAGAAUUGCAAAGGCAUAUGAGUUUACUAGACUAGUUCAGGGCAACAUGACCGUGACUGAAUACGCCCUGAAGUUUGAUAGGUUGGCCAAGUUUGCAUCUGACUUGGUGCUAAUCAAAGCUUUUAGGAAGGAGAGGUUUGUCCGUGGAUUGAACCCCAUGAUCGCAUGGGAUGUCAAGAUUACCUUGGUUCUUGGAGUUACUACAUAUGCUUAG